GACUCUUUUUAUCCGUCGACUGGCCAGGGUUAUCCGUUGACGUGCGUAACCGCGACGAACCUCGGGUCUAGAGGCGCAUUUUUCAAUAUUCUCUCGUCUUCUUGGAGGAAGACCAUCAUAAUUGCUAUUAUCAUCGCCGUAACUUAUCAAAAUCGUCAACGAAGAUGUGAUCACCAGAAAGAGCUACUCUGAGUGUUCUACGCCACUGUGAAUCCGCGAUAAGACCGUUCUGUUGAGAUUGCUAAAUCCUCAGGCCUUGGGAAUAGUAAUUUUAAUUGUAACACGAUAAUCAUCCAGCAAUUGCGUUCUUGGAAGCGAAAUUUGCGUAGCAAGUAGGCUCGUAAGCUGAAAAAAAAUUUUUUUUUUUAAUUAUUUUAGCUGUGGUAGGGAAAAAAUAAAGCGAUGGGGAGACGAAGAAUUAAUUGAAUCGUCAAUGUAAUUUGGAGCUUAUAAAAUAAAGUGUUUGCCAACUCGUCAUCCAUCAUAUCUUGGCUAGGCAGUUAGUUCUUGCCAGAGACAUGGAUUAUCGACAUGGAUUCCGCUAUAAAGAGGACAAUGAUAUGGAGAACGAUAAAGAUUGCGCCACCAAUUUCUAUUUCACUUCGGACGACAGCAAAGUCGCUUCGAAGAGAGGCGUGCCACAAACCCGAGGCACCGCGAUAUCCUUCGGCUUCCGCCGCCGGUCCCGCGGAGACGGGCACCACCAGCCCAUAAAAAGCUACGAGGAAGACCUUCCACCGCGCUCCAAAUCCCUGGGCCCGGAGCAGGUGCGAAGACGACUGGACGAGGAUGACCGCCACCAGCGAGUCCAGAGCGCCUCGUCAGGUCGCUCAACACCGCGCCUCGCGCCUCCGAAAAAAGAGAUCGUCGGCAACGUCAGGAUGAACCGGUUCGGGUUCCGGCAGCCUCAGCCCGGCAGGUACACCGACAAAGUCGCGGACUGCUCCAGCCACAGCGCGGGUCACUUUAACCAGGAAAAAUCCCUCCACCAACAACAACAUCAACAACAGCAACAUCAAGAGCGUUCGAGAACCAGCCAGCCUGCUCCAAAGCUUCGGCCCUCUCCAGUAAAUAACCCUCCGGCUUACAAUUCAGUCCCGAGCAACUUGACCGAGACUAACCGCAUACCCAGGGUGACCAGUACCAAUGCUAAUAACAUUCCAGAACCGGUUAGCAAGUACACUCUGCACACCAGCCACCUUCCGUUGCCUCAGUACGCGGUUAGAGUGACCGACGCGAACUCCAAGAUCGCCAAGACAGUCGCUAAUCAAAACAGAAAGGUCUCGACAGCUUCUAAAAGCUCCGCGGGCUCGCAGUCCGGGUCUGGGACUGAGGAUUCUGGGAUCGGGAGUGGAUGUCAGCCUGGGUAUCUUAUAGAUCACGAGAUGUCCAUGCUGGAUGUCAACCCUGGAGCGUCCUCUGUUAGAAGGAUCCAGGUCAGGCCGAGGAAUUUAAGGAUGGUCGUUAAUGGGAAGAGCUUUGAUGUGAGAGACGUCGAUGAUGACAACACAGUUACCGAGAUCUCGGUGAUUCCUUUACCGAAGGCGUUCGCUAGUGUGAACCUCAGCACGGGGCUCGUCAGAGAACGGACCAGCCAGUUCCACCAGAGGAUAGCCAACAACAAGGACAACAGGUACUGCACUACAGAGUCCAUCACCUCGAUGUCAACAACUUCCUCUGAAGGGUACGACGAGGGACUGGGUGAAGAGAAGGUCUUCAAAGACCGCUCUCGCUCUGAGAAAGUCCUCUCGAUUAAAUCCGACUUCAGUCCGCCUAGCUCAGACGACCCAGAGUACGGACACGGCGAGGCUAUGGCUGAUGAGUACUCCUUCAGCUCCAGUGACGAGUGUCGUGCUAAUCAGCGUCUCAACAGCCAGCGGGUUAAUGCUGUGGCUGCUACUCAAGUUGCGGGCUUGAAUGUGCAAAAGAAUUCUCUGCGCUCGGUGAUGCUCACUAUUGAAGAUCCCGCUUUCGCGGCGGCUGCUGCCUCUUCGACUACUCUUAUUGAUGAUGAAACCUCUCCGGUGGACAGUUUGGUUGACAGCCUUACGGCGAGUAUCACUCAGUCGGAUGGACAAGCUUCUAAAAGGGAGAAGGUUCCGGAUAAGGUGAUCGGGAAUGUUGAGGAUGAUUCACCGGGGACACCGACUAAUGCUUCUAAUUCGCUUAGUUUGUCUGAGGGCAGGGAGUACUUUGAUGAUGAAAUUGCGGAUCAGCCUGGAUUGACUUUUGAUGAUACUACCAGGGUUCCGCAGGAAAAUCUUUCUGGGAGAGCUAGUCGACAAGUUACCGACAGUAGCAAUACUUUGAUGGAACCUGUUAAUAAGACGAAUUCAGUACAAGGAAAACACAUUGAAAACAGUCCACUAAAUUGCCGAAGAAUCAGCAGAACUGGAAGUGUUGACACUCUGUCACCCUGUGAAUCAAUAACUUCUGAUGAUUUAAUGCUGGACUAUGAACGUAGUGAAACUAGUUCUUUUGAUGAACCUCAUCGAAGAUUUGAAUCAAGUCCAGCGAUCCACGAAAUGGACGACGCGACAAUCCUCUCGGAGCUCGAGGCCCAGGGCGAGGAAGUGAUGAGAGAGUGGUCAUCACUCCUGGGCACUCAUCCCCAAAUUUCAAACUCAAAUUUGACCAACAACAACUUAGUCCCCAGCAACAACACCAACAUCAACCAGCAAAUCUCCGAAUCUGGAAUCGGAAGUGCAAGAACUUCUAGGCUGUUGCGCAGCAGAACUGGCACCGACUCACCCCGUUCUUUGGACAGCGUAAGAACACGACAGGUUGCCAGUCCUUUCAGGCCGGUGUUAACAGCUAACGGUCAAUCCCCGAGUCUUGACUCCGGCGACGAAGGAAGCCCCAGGUUAGAGCGAUGUAAUUACCAGCAAGACAUUGUUUACAUCAAGACCGGGUUAUUGAAACUCAUGCGCAUCAUUCAGGAGUCUGAAGAGAAAGAUUUGACGAGGGCGGAUACUCUCAAUCCAUUCAACACUUCGGUGAAUGGUCUCUUCCACAACCUGAAUGAAGACAGCACCGAUUCAAGCGGUUUAUUAUCAAACGGAGCACUAAAUAUUGCCGACGAAUUGACUGAUUUACGUAGACAAGUAAUAUUUCUCCAAGGACAAUUAGAAGAUAAGGACAGAGCGAUACAAAAUUUGCAGCUGCAAGUCGCUAAGCAGCAGGACUUGAUAAACAGUGUGGAUUCUCAAAAUAGCAGUGUUUCGUAUGGAAGUUCCACGAAAGACAUGUCUAACGCUGCUACUCAGACUGAAAAGAUUCGUCCGAUAUCAGCAGGACCAUCAUUACUGCAAGGAUUUCCGCAAGACAAUGGCAUGGGGCCUCUCGUUAGCCGUGUGGGUUGGAGUGAAUCGUGGAAUCAAAAUAUAUCACAACGACCGCUAUCAAUAGCAGAAAUGAGCAGCAAUGGUACGAGUAGCAGUAGCACUAAAAAUAAUCGGAAGAUUGAACGCCCGCGAACAAUUAGGCCUCGUCAGGAACAAACUCGAGCAUCAAAUCUUUUACUUAAUGGCAAUAGUAGUAUUACAAACUCUAUCAACCUAAACAAUAACGGAGUCGCUGAGCUAGAAAAAGAAAAAUCUCAAAUCCAACCGAAUUCAGUAGUGAGAAGAAUAAUCAAGCCCCGUGACUCCGCGAGCCAAAUAAUUGACGACGAAUUCACUAAAGACAAGUCUGAAGCACCCAAAUCAUGCAUACCCGCACUGAAAAAACCGACGCCGCGAGUCACGAGGCAGACAAAUAUUUCCAUAAAUCGAGCGCACAAUGCGUAAUUAAAAUUGAUGCUUGUUUGUGUAGUAUACAUAUAUAAAUAUUUAUAUAUAUUUUUCAUGACAUGAAAAGAUAAAAUUAUUAUUUUAUUUUUCAUUUUGUAAAUUUUAUCUUUUUAGUUGCUGAUUAUUUUUAAUUUGUAUAUAUAAAAGAAAUGUUUAUAUAUAUUUGUGAAUUCGUUAGGAAGCGGUUGAAAUUUAUUUCAGCGCAAUAACUACUGAAUAGUUGCUCCACAGUAUUUAAAAAAAUGUUAUUAAGUAACAUUACUAAAUUUAACACCCGGAGAUUAUUCUUUAUUUUUUAUUUUAUUAUAAAAAUUAAAUCAGAAGACAUUUGACAAUUUUUAUGAUUUUU